UUGUAUCUAGAGGAAAAAACGUGCGAUGUCUUAAAUUGCAAGGUAGUAGUAAGAUUGAUGCACUGUGCCCUGCUAAGAUGAGAGUAGAUAUGAAAAAGAAUGUAACCUGCUGUGUGAAAUAUGUUUCAACCCAUGUUGGCCACAAAUCCGAGUUAUGCCAUCUGCGACUAACAAAAAGAGAAAGGGAAAGUAUUGCUGCAGAUAUAGCAAGUGGCAUACCAUUCUGUCAUAUUAGACAAAAUUCGAGAUACAGUUGUAGAUUCGAACUUGGAAAGGAUACAUUUGAUUACGAGACAGGAUCUACAUAAUAUAGAUCAGUCUUAUAAUUUGUCCUUCAAGUCAAUAAGACACCAUAAUGAUGCAAUAAGUGUAGAAGCAUGGGUAAAUGAAGUAAAUGGUGGAGACAGUCCUUGUGUGCUUUUCUAUAAACCACAGGAUGUAGUCCUUGAUUCGUACCCACAAUUAAAGCGCUCUGAUUUUGUAUUGAUAAUUAUGAACAAUGCUCAAGGCGAGAUAUUAAAGAAAUAUGGGAACGACUGCGUUUGUGUUGAUGGGACACAUGGUCUUAAUGGAUAUAAUUUUGAACUUAUAACUCUACUAGUGCUAGACGAUCUAAGACAAGGGUUUCCAUGCGCGUUUCUAAUAUCUAACAGGAAUGACUCCCAGAUGCUGUCCAUAUUUUUCCAGCACAUAAAGAGGCAGGUUGGAUCAAUUUCGCCAAAUGUUUUUAUGUCGGAUUUGGCCGAGUCUUUCUUUAUUGCAUGGAAUGAUGUCAUGGCAGCUCCAUCUAUGCGACUUUAUUGUACAUGGCAUGUUGAUAGAUGUUGGAGGAAGAAUAUCAAAUGUAAGAUUCAAGGUGUAGAAAAACAAGGUGAAGUAUACAAGCAAAUCAGAACUUUGAUGCAUGAGCAGGAUGUAGAUUCAUUUGAUGAGAUGUUAAAUAUUGUGCUAGAGAGAUUGGAAUGUGAUCCUGAUACAGUUCAAUUUGCCACAUACUUCAGAGACAACUAUGUUGGGAAUGCAAAUUCUUGGGCAUAUUGCCAUAGAUUGAAUGCUGGAAUCAAUACCAACAUGCAUAUAGAAAGAAUGCAUCGCACUAUUAAAUAUAUAUAUCUAGGUAGUAAAUGUGUCAAGCGUUUGGACAAAGCUAUUUUUGCAUUGAUGUCAUUUGUGAAGCACAAGCUGUUUGACAGGCUUAUUGUGCUAAAUAAAGGUAAACUGACGAGUAAACUUAAGGACAUUCGGCUUCGGCAUAAAUCAGGGAAUAAUAUUAAGGAGGACUUCAUUACUAUGGAGUUUUCUGGUUGGAAAGUGCGUUCUUCUUCAAGAAGGUCAACAGAUUAUUUUGUAUAUGAUAAUGACUUUCAGUGCAACUGCAGAUUGAUGUGCAUUAAAUGCAGGGCUUGCAUUCAUAGGUAUUCUUGUACAUGUAUUGACUAUACCAUCAAAUGGAAUAUGUGCAAGCACAUACAUAGUGUUUGCCAGAUUCAGUUAAAGCAGCAACCUUCUGAACACCUAAGAAAUAGUGAAGUUACACUUACUGAGAGUGAAGAUAUUUCUGUUGUAGACGAGAAAACAGAAAUACUAGCGGAGGUAACGAAAAAAAGUGUUAAUGAUUCUGUACCUUUGUCAGUCCAAAGAAGGGAACUUAUCGCAGAGUUUUCUGGUAUUGUAUCUGAGCUGACCUCAAAUGACUUAGAAACUGCUAAAAAAAUGUUAUCGUCACUAAAGGCAACUGUAGCUGUCGGAAUGUUGCAGCAAAAACAGGCACCGCUGCAGAUAGAAAGGAAACAAUCACAAAAGAUUUUACCUCAACGUAGACUGUACUCUACAAAGAAAAACAAAAGGAGUAAUAAUGCAUCCCUGGUGCUACCAAAUUCAGAAGAAUCCAGUUUGAUCAAAUUAUCUCUACUGGCAGACAAAGAAGAUGCACUUGUGGGAAAAGGUUCAGCUGUUAAAAAGCAACCAACAAUAAAAAAUACAGAGGGUGUAGCAGGUCCAUUCCCCAUUACAGCAUGUGCCCUACAGCACAGCCCGACGAAUCGCUCAACUCCCAUGAUUCAGCCAAUAGCAAAACAGGCUGAGGUGGUAUCUAGUCCGUCUCUCGCUACAUCGUAUGUGCUGAAACACAGCCCGAGGAAUAGCUCAACUUCCACAAUUCAACCAAUACCAAAACAGGCUGUGGUGGUACCACAUCCAUCCAUCGGUACAGUGCGUGUGUUGCUACACAGCUCAACAAAUGGUGCCGUUCUCCCACAUUUAAACCAGUGACAGGGCAGGAUAAGAUGGUAUCAGUGCCUUCCCUUACUACAGCGCAUGUUCUGCAACACGGCUAUGGAAUGGUAUUAUAAAUUCAGGCAGUAUUUGUGGAUCCUUUCUGAUCUGAAAUUUUGCUUGUCAACUACAACCUUCCUUAUGACAUUUCAUUUCUGAUUUAUACCAAAGACAAGUGUCCUUUUGUUUAAUUGAAAUUUUUUUACCACUUGUCGGACUGGUUUUUCUUCACAAAAUAUAUUAGUACAAAUAUAGCUAUAUAAUAGUGUGAUACAUUCUUUCUGUAUUGAUGAUGUUAUGGCCAAUAUUUCACAUUACAGGCAUAGGCAAUUGUCUUGGUUACGAAUUAAACUGUAUCAGGAUCACAUACAUCCUUGUUGUGAAUCAUGUUGUCUGCACUGGCGAUUUGUUCACGUGUCCCAGUACACCUCGCACAUGAAGUACACUUCACUAGGAAAAUUAAAAAAUGCUGUAACUUUUGAAUCACUGCAGAUAGGACGUAAACUCUUUCACCUUAAUCCAUAAGAAACACUACAGUUUACAUCCUUAAUGGACAUUACAUGCAAGUUACACAAAGAAUUAUAUUUAGCAAUAGUUUUUAAAUGAGGCUAAAUUUCACUCCAUAGUCUUCCUUAUAAUAAUAUCAUACACACUUUAUUUUACUCCUCACUAAACUUAAAUUCAGAGAAUCUUACCUUGCUCACUGAGGAGAAAGUGUCAGAUGCAGUGAACACCAAAUGAAAAGGCUAAAUAAGACAAUGCAGUGUGGUAGUCAGCACUCAGUAUGAUAUAACCACCACUAGAUAUUGACAUCUUCAGCCUUUAGAGCAUAAUUUCAAAAGUUUGAUUAGUUGAACAAUCUUUUUAGCUUGAAGUAAAUGAAGUUGUCAACAUAGAAAAUACCCAACAUUUUUAUA